GCCUGCCAUGCGCGCUCCCGACCCCAGUGUGACACUGUGCUGUGGCUGCCCUUGCGCGUUCGCGAAUGGGAUGUGGUAACUUCCACUAGUUGCCUGCGCCGCCUCCAGGGGGAGAGGGAGUGAGGAAAGAAAUAAAAAAGACACGAAGUGACUGAUAGAGUCCAGAAGGAACUCAGGAUCCCAGGAUGUCCGGGGGCCAGUCAGCGACUUGGCUCUAAUAAACCUGCAGCCACACACUCUCCGUUGGUCCGGUGGGAGGCAAGGCUGUACUUCGGACUCCGAAGCGUGGCUGAAGGUGGCCCCAACAAGUGACAGCCGCAGGGUUCCGCGUUCUCGCUCGGUGCGACGACCGUCACCCCAUGCCUGCAGGGAGCAUGGCGGGGCCGUGGAAGAGCGCGGAGUGGCUGCAGGAGGAGCUGCUCGCCGGGGGGAGCUCCUUGCUGCUGCUGGACUGUCGCCCCCAAGAGCGGUACCAGUCCUCGCACAUCGAGGCGGCCAUUAGCGUCACUAUCCCCAGCCUGAUGCUGCGGAGGCUGAAGAAGGGCAACCUGUCCAUCCGCUCCGUCAUCCCCAACGAUCGGGACAAGGAUCGCUUCGCCAGGCGAUGUAAGGCGGAUACCGUGCUGCUGUACGACGAGUCCACCCAGGACUGGCAGGAGAAUAACUCGGCCAGCUCCGUACUGGCGCUCCUACUCCACAAACUGCGGGAGGACGGCUGCAAAGCCUACUAUCUCAAAGGUGGAUACAAUACGUUUCAGUUGGAAUAUCCGGAGCUUUGUGAGCCAGGCCUUGAUAAUUCUUGCCCCGGUGAACCUUUACCAAGCCAUGUACUUGGAUUAGGAAGUCUCAGGAUAACUUCAGAAUGUUCUGAUGGUGAAUCGGACCGCGAGACAAGCAGUGCCACCGACCCCGAAGAAAGUCCGAUUCUCACAAACCACUCAACCUUCCCAGUGCAGAUAUUACCCUAUUUGUACCUUGGCUGUGCAAAAGAUUCUGCCAACUUAGAUAUACUGGGGAAAUAUAAUAUCAAAUACAUCCUCAAUGUGACUCCUAACUUACCCAACAUGUUUGAACACAACGGAGAAUUCAAAUACAAACAAAUUCCCAUCUCUGAUCAUUGGAGUCAAAAUCUCUCACAGUUUUUUCCCGAGGCCAUAUCAUUUAUCGAUGAGGCUCGCUCAAAUAAAUGUGGGAUUUUGGUUCACUGUCUAGCGGGCAUCAGCAGGUCAGUGACGGUCACAGUCGCCUACCUUAUGCAGAAGCUCAACCUGUCCCUGAACGAUGCCUACGACUUUGUGAAAAGGAAAAAGUCAAAUAUUUCUCCAAACUUUAACUUCAUGGGACAGUUGCUCGAUUUCGAGAGGGCGCUGGGACUAAAAAGUCCUUGCGACAUCCGCUCACCAACCAACCAACUGUUCUUCACUACACCGACUAAUCACAACCUUUUCCAUGCUGGACCGCUGGGAAACAACAGGAUCGGCGCUGGCGGAUUGAAAUUUUUUUGAGCGUUUGGGAGAAGAAUGGUACAUUGCAACAUUGAAUGACAUCGCCAAAUGAGAGAUGUAUUGUCUGCCACUAUGAUAAUGCUUACUGUGUUAUAUAUUAGAGAACUAAUAAGUGCCAACCUAGUUUAAGCCAGAAUUGCUCAUGUAACAAUCAUAAUAAUAUUUUCACAGCUUUACUCUUGUUUUAAUGUGGCAUAUUUACUAAGGGUCAAACGGUAGACCGUAGCUGAUCUAUAGGGCCAAGCAUAACAUUCACCAUCGAUCUACUUUUUCUGUUUAGGGCCAAUGGCAGAAAUUCUACUUUUUUUUCAUCUU